AUGAUCACAGUCGAUGACGGUUGCGUGAAUUGGUUCACGUGGACCCCUGUCGCGGAUCUUGGCGAUGUCGUGAGAGCAUGUCCCUUGCUCACCCUGAUUCCCUGUGAGAUCAAGAUCUGGGCUAUUGAGCAUCGAUUUCUCUUGAAUUAUUUGUGGAUGCCCUACUUUUUCUCUCUGCCAGCGUCGGGACGUUUUCGAGUGAAACCACUAGAACUUACAUCGGGAAUCCCUACGGAUUUGCCGCCAUCUACGUCACUCAACGAUUUCCUGAGGAAUAACGCCAACUUGAAGGGAACUAAGUAUUUCUGCAAAGAAGGAGGCUGUGGAGCAUGUACCGUUUCUGUCACCACCAUGGAUCCGUUUUCUAGGCUGCACGUCACCAAAGCAGUGAAUUCUUGUCUAGUGCCGAUCUACUCGUGCGAUGGUUGGAGCAUCAAAACAGUUGAAGGAAUCGGCAACAAAACCGACGGCUAUCAUCCGAUCCAGAAACGUUUGGCGGAUUUCAAUGGCACUCAGUGCGGAUAUUGUUCGCCAGGAAUGGUGAUGAAUAUGUACAGUUUGUUGGAAAGCAACCCAAACCUCAAGAUGGAGGAUGUUGAGCGGAGCUUUGAUGGCAAUAUUUGUCGCUGUACAGGAUAUCGGCCGAUUUUGGAUGCUUUUAAAUCUUUUGCCUCUGAUGCCACUCCCGAGUUGAAGAAGAAAGUUGGUGACAUAGAGGACGUGCUGAAGGAUGCCGUUUGUCCUAAGACCAUGACUGCCUGUCAGGGCAAGCUCGAGGGGAAACCCUGCACUCCAUUGACCUGUUCUGGACCACCUAGAUUGCCAGCAGCCCUGCAACUUGACCUAAAAUCCGGAGAAUGGAUUCGUCCCACUUCCCUAGAAGACGUGAAAGCAUUUCUUUCUAAAGCCUCGGGAAAAAUUCGUUUCGUUGUCGGCAACACUGGCCGGGGUGUUCAUCGGGAUGUCGCCGAGGGAGACACUUACAUUGACUUGAAUCAAGUGCCGGAACUGUUCGCCAUUUCUACGUCAAAUGGCUUGAGCAUUGGAGCCGGAGUUUCUCUGACAAAGACCAUUGAGACCCUGAAGAAUGUGUCAGUUACGGAAACUUCUUAUAAAUAUGUGACCGCUUUGGCUGAACACUUGGGACGCGUGGCGAACGUUCCUGUUAGAAAUAGCGGGAGUGUUGGCGGCAAUCUUAUGCUUAAACAUGCACAUCAUGAGUUCCAGUCAGAUCUGUUCACGAUAUUCGAAGCUGUGGGUGCAUCUGUUGUUCUUGCUGGCCCCGAUGGCGAAAAGCAAAUUCCGUUGAAUGCCUUGUUAUGUGAAGACAUGAAUAAGAAGGUUAUUCGCUCAGUAUCACUUCCUCCACUCUCGCCGGAUAUUCGGAUUCGCACCUUCAAGAUCACGCCCAGGCUGCAAAAUGCCCACGCCUACGUUAAUGCUGCGUUCGUUGCCGAUGUUGAUGGGGCUGAAGCAUUGCUUAAAGGUCGUCCCAGUAUCGUUUUCGGAGGAAUUCAAUUGAAAGAUGGAUUUGAGCAGGUCCAUGCGAAAGAAACCGAAGAAUUUUUGACGGGCAAGAAGUUGACAGAAGAAAGUGUUGUGCAAGAGGCAUUGGCGGUAUUAGGAGGAGAAUUGAAGGAAUCCAAAACGGAUGUUGAAGCGUCUUUUUCGUAUCGUGCGAGAUUGGCUCAAGGACUGCUUUACAAGUUUAUCCUAGGAGUUUUGGGCGAUGCGGUUCCUGAAAAGCUGCGAUCCGGAGCGACUAAUCUAAGCCGCGAAAUUUCGUCCGGAAAACAAGAAAUUACGUCGGAUCCAAAAGACUACCCGAUUUCCAAACCCAUUCCUAAGAUCGAGGCUUGGAACCAAACUGCGGGUGAAGCACAGUAUACGAAUGAUAUCCCGUUGUUGCCCGGAGAACUUCACGCCGUGUUUGUUCUUGCCUCCUACGGCAGAGCGAAGUUGAAGUCGAUUGACGCAUCUCAGGCACUGGCUAUGCCUGGAGUGGCUGGUUUCUUUUCCGCGAAAGACAUUCCUGGAGCCAAUGACUUCAUGCAAGGAGAAGGAGUGGAAGAGGCACCUCAAAGGAUUGUCGGGGAAAUGGAAUUCGGCAGCCAGCAUCACUUCUACCUAGAAACGCAGGUCUGUGUUUGCAGACCAACGGAAGACGGAAUCGACGUUUUUGCUGCCACGCAAUGGAUUGACAAAGUUCAAUUAGCAGUUUCUAGCAUUUUAAAUAUUCCUGAAAACAGCGUAAACGUCGUUGUCAGGCGCUGUGGAGGAGCAUAUGGAGGAAAAAUUACGCGACCGAACCAAAUCUCUGCUGCGACCGCGUUGGCUGCUUACAAGCUGCGAAAGCCUGUAAGAAUGGCUCUUGACAUGGAGACGAACCUUGCCAUCAUUGGGAAACGAACGGCAUAUAUCGUCAAAUACCAGGCUGGCUUUGAAGAUGACGGGAAACUGCGUGCCGUGAAAGCCAAAAUCUACGGUGACGUGGGACACUCGGUGAAUGAAAGCCCGAUCACAUUUGGCCUCAGCAUGGCUCAAAAUUGUUAUUUCUCUCCGAAAUGGAACUACAUGCCUGUUGCGGUUUUGACGAAUACUCCAUCCAAUACCUGGACUAGAUCACCAGGAACAACUGAGGGGAUUGCGAUAAUCGAGCACAUCGUAGAGCACAUAGCAUUCAAACUCAAGAAGAAUCCCUUUGAGGUGAAGCAAGUCAACUUCAUUAAAGAAGGAGAAUUGGAUAUGAACGGAUCUCCCGCCGAGCCAAACGGGCUUCCUGAAAUGGUGGAGAUUUUCAAGAAAUCUGCGGAGCUGGAGAAACGCAUGAGUGAAAUUCAAGCUUACAAUGAGGCGAAUGUGUGGAAGAAACGCGGUUUGUCGGUCGUCCCGAUGAAAUACCCGUGCGGAUAUCCGCCCUUUUUCCGGUUCGCUGUAUCCGUAUCCGUCUUUCAUGAUGACGGAACUGUUACGGUCAGUCACGGUGGUUGUGAAAUGGGACAAGGGUUGAACACCAAGGUUGCACAAGUUGCUGCGAAAACCCUCGGCGUGCCAAUGGACAAAGUCAUGAUCAGGCCCAGUGACAGCUUCACAAAUGCUAAUUCCGCUGUCACUGGAGGCAGCAUGGGCAGUGAAAUGUGUUGCUAUGGAACGCAAGAGGCCUGCAAAGACUUGUUGAACCGGAUGCAACCGGUUAAAGCGAAAGAGAACAAGGACUUGACUUGGGUUGAGUGGGUUGCUAAAAGCUUCAAUGCUGGAAUAGAUUUGAGGGCUACUUACUAUUCGGUCGGUGGCAAUCCAGAUUUGAAGCCAUAUAUUGUUUACGGCCUUGCUUGUACUGAAGUAGAAAUUGACGUGAUCACGGGAGAGAAACAGGUUUUGAGAGCGGAUAUUCUGGAAGAUGUCGGAGUGAGUCUUAGUCCGGAAGUCGACAUUGGUCAGCUGGAAGGAAGUUUUGUGAUGGGUUUGGGUUACUGGCUUCAGGAAGAAAUCAAAUACAAUCCGAGAACUGGUGAACAUCUGACGAACAGAACUUGGGAGUACAAGCCUCCGCUGUGCAAAGAUAUUCCGAUCGACUUCAGGGUUUCAUUCCUGCAAAACUCAGAAAAUCCUUUCGGCUUCCGACGAUCCAAAGCAACUGGCGAGCCAGCGUUAUGCAUGAGCGUGUGCUCACUGUUCGCCGUUAAACAGGCAGUUCAGGCAACUAGAAAUGACAAAAAUAUUACGGACUGGUGGAAUCUGAGCGGGCCGGCAACCACAGAGAAGAUCGCUCUUGCUACUCCUGCUCCGCUUUGUGUUGCUGAAAUGUUGCGAGUUUUGGCUCUGCUGCCUUUGGUUUUCCUGCCUGCCUUUUAUCCCAUCGGAUUUUUCACCGCCGAAAAAUUCAAGUUUGAUUCCCUUGAUGGGAUAUACGAACCAAAUGAAGCCCUGAAGAAUCCUAAUAUCAAGUUGAGUGAGAUCUUGAAUGGUCCGGAAUCGUUCGCUAUGCGAGACAACGAUCCCUGGAUUUACACGGGGAUUGCUGGCGGAUCGAUUAUCAAGUUUCACCCCAAUACGUUCGAGUAUGAAACUGUUGCCAAGUCACAGGAUCCCGGUUGUUCUGGAACCUGGGAUCACAGGUGCGGAAGACCGCUUGGAUUGCGGUUUCGAGGGGAUAAAUUAUUAGUCGCCGAUGCGAACCGUGGCCUUUUAUCUGUGAAUGUGGACGAUGGAACUGUGGAAAUUCUCGUGAGUUCUAGCACCAUGGUUGAAGGUUCACCCCUAGUGUUGGUGAAUGAUUUGGACGUGGAUUCCAAUGGCGAUGUUUACUUUUCGCAAUCGAGCCUGGAUGUCCCUCUUGACUUCGGAAUGUUCACGCUAUUUGCCAGCGGCAGUGGUCGAUUGCUGAAGUUGGACGCCGAAACUGGGGAAGUAUCGGUUCUAUUGACCGGAUUGUAUUUUGCCAACGGUGUGCAACUUUCAAAGGACCGAAGUUUUGUCUUGGUGGCUGAUUGCUUCAGAGGGAAAAUUGUUAGGUACAACCUGAAUCGUGAACAGGGUAGUCCAGGCGUGGUUGAAACGUUCAUCGAGGGAAUCCCCGGAGCUGUGGAUAACAUUCGGGCUAGCGGCAAUAAGAAAGGAGGUUUUCUGGUGGCGAUACCGUUUGUAUUCAAUCCAAAAAAUUUCAACCCUAUCGAUAGCCUUUCGGAGUAUCCAUUGACGAGGUCGAUGAUUGCUCGACUGCUAUAUAUGAUCCGACUUCCGUUUGAUUUCAUCACCGAGCUUUUCCCUAAUCCAGUUACUGGAGUGAUUCGUAGUGCGAUCGGGGGAUUUGGUUUGAACGAUUAUUUCACAAAGGUGAAGCAUGGAAUGGUUGUGGAACUCAGCGAAUCAGGAGAAGUUUUACGCACCCUCCACACUGUUGAUGGAAACUACACCCACAUUAGCUGCGCAUUUCCAGCUCGUGAUGGUAAACGAUUAAUUUUGGGUUCCUACGCUGAUAAAGGCGUUGCAUUUGUUUCUCUAAAGAAAUGAUUGAAGGAAUCGUCUGGUAAUCGUAAUUUUUAUGUAAUUCGUAUCGGUGCCUGGGUUCAUUUCCGUUGUAAGUGUGGAAUAUUGGUCAUUUUAAUAUAAUCAAAUUUCGGCUGUGGGAAUUCAAUAAGUCAACAUUUUUCAAAUUGUCUUCCCUUAAAAACAAGUUUCAUUUCGGGAAGUUGUUACGUAUGGCUUUUCAUCUGGUUUUUGAUCUCUUUUUAUCUGUGGAAAUGCAGGCAAUUUACGUGUUCAAAAA